AUGGUGGCCGGUCUAUUGCCAGUACCCACUCGGCAAUCCGACAAUCAGGCGCAUGCAACAUGGCGAGAAUCAUUAGCCGCAUUGUUAUGUGUGAUACUGUGUGUGACGGUGCUGAUUUCGGUGUGUACUCUUGGCGUUUAUUUGGUUAAAGAUAAACCGUUAUAUGAAGAAUUGGUGGAUUAUUUAGAUAAAACUAUCGCAAUUAGUAAAAUUAAUUAUAAUCAUCAACUGGGAUUAUAUGAACUUUCUGAAAAGGAGCUUAGCGCACUUGCCGAACAACGAAUGUACAAAACGUUAUUGUGGAUAUUCUUCUUCGCCGAUCUUGGAUGCUACCUGUUUCUGCUAAUCGCUAUUCUGGUCUACUUUACGGUGGAUAUCAGACGUGGAAAAGCUUUCAUAAUAUUCUGGGUGAGUCGCCGGCUUUGA